GUUUGGAUCGGGAGGAGAAGCUGAUGGCGUUGGGGUCAAGAAACUUCUUCUUGUGCCCUAAAAAGUCAGCAACCGAAACUGGAGGUGGCGGUGACGCGGCGAUGCCGUCAACAUCCUGUUCAAAGCAAGCUGAAAAGGCGACCAAGAUUGGGCUACCUUGGCUCAAAUUCAUGGAUUUCUUACCUCGGAAUUAG